AUGACGAAGAACACGCCCAAAGCCAGGGACAAGGAGACCGUCGACGCCAUCGUCAACCGCCUCGGCCAGCUCGACGUCUCCGACGAAGCCGCCAGUCUCGCGCCGUUGCAGCAGCUCUGCCGCGAUCUCAAGAUCAAGCCUGCUGAUACGGCGAAUGAGUGCAAGAGGCGUGUCCAGCAGUCCGUUCUCGACCGCUUCAGGGCGCAACACGGCGACACAUCGUCGACCACGAACACCACCCCCCAGCCUCCCGCCUCGAGCAGCGCCGAUGCCAUUCCAUCUGUCGACGAUGUCGCCAACCAGCUCUGCCAACUGACCGUGAACGGCACCACUACUCAUCUAGCCAAGCUGCAGAAGUCCUGCCGCGACCUUGGUCUCGGACCUACUCCCACCGGGAAAGGCAGCAAGAACGUAAGCAUUGAGAAUGAAACAUUUGCAGACGAACGACCAUGUGCUGAUGCUUUCACCGCUCCUCCAAAAGACCGUCCUAGACCACUUCAACGAGCACUAUGGUACGACAAACACCCGCUCGACUCUGCAAGCGUGGCAAGCGGUCUGCCGCGACGUCAGCGUCGAAGAAGGGCCAUCGAUCAACCAGUGCAAGAAGGUACACUGUCCCCAAAAGCCCGCACUGUCUCCGCGCACAAACCCGUACUGACACCUCGUCAGCACCUCAAGGGCGUCUUCAUCAACAUCGUCGAUUUCGUGCAUGCGAAGAGGAACGGACUGCCCGCCACCAAGUACCCUACCGCUUCGGCGCUGCGCAGGUACAUGAAGCGUGCUGGACCGAGCUAG